CCCAUAUAUCAAAACCGAUUUGAAUCCGGCACACAUUUGAAUUUUAUCGGUUACUUAUAAAUAUUUAAUUAUAUGAUCCGAACUAACCAAAAUUCGAUUGAAACUGAUCCAAAAUAAAACAGAAAAAUUGAGAUGCCUAUAUAUUUUCAAAUAUCUGAAACAUGAAAAAUUCAAGAUAGAAAUCGUUACAAACAUUAUCCAAAGAUCCGAAAUCAUGAUUUGGUGCACACUUUUAAUUAAAAAAUAUCUUGUGGUGUGUGCACAGUAUUAAACUAUUAAUGAGAUGAAAAGACAUCAUACUGAGUUUAGGUUGCUUUACUUUUCACUUUGUAAUGCAUACUUCUAUACUAGAAAACUUAGGAUCCUUGUAAAUAAUUGAUUGAGUACCAAGUAGUCAUAAUGAGAGAUAGUCCCCCUCAAUAUUUAUACUCAUGUUUGGAUUGGAUUUUUUUUUUCCCCUGUCUAUAUCGCAUGUAAACUUUUAUACUUUAUAACUAAUCAUAAUAAAAAUAAGACGUCCCACACUAUUUAUUGAUUUCCUACUUAUUACUAUAAACAUGUGAGAUAAAUAUUAGAAGAAAAGUAAAAAAUGACAAUUGAUCAUAAUAAGUAAUUUACCAAAUUCGACCUUAUAAUGACCUUUUUACCCAUUAGCUCCACUAUAUAUACACGCUCUUAAUACACAUAUAUUCGAAUCUGUGUGGUUUUAUUUCGAAGGAUUUUGAAAUAUUCCGUUACCGUAUUUUGACAUUCUUUCCUUUAAAUUCCGGAUUGCUUGGGGUUAUAAGGUUGGGAUUUCCUUGUGGUGGAUUCGAAUUUGGAACGUGGAAAAUGGCUAAGGAGUACAAGGAGGCGUUGUUGGAGAAGCACUACCACGAGGGAUGUCCUGGUUGCAAGGUGGAGAAGAUGAAGGAGGUCCGUCGAGGAUAUCCUUACCUGGAGCUCUCCUUCAUCUGGAUCGUAAUACUCUCCACAUCUCUUCCCAUUUCUUCAUUGUACCCCUUCCUCUAUUACAUGAUUGAAGACUUCGGUGUUGCCAAGACAGAGAAAGACAUUGGAUAUUAUGCUGGCUUUAUAGCGUGCGCAUUCAUGUUUGGACGAGCACUGACAUCAAUUUUCUGGGGAAUAAUGGCUGAUCGAUAUGGAAGAAAGCCUAUCAUUCUCUUGGGAACCGUCACAAUUGCUGUGUUCAAUGCUCUAUUUGGCAUGAGCACGAACAUAUGGAUGGCCAUUGCGACUAGGUUUAUGCUUGGCAGCUUUAACUGCCUUCUUGGAACCAUGAAGGCAUAUGCUACGGAGAUCUUCCGUGAAGAAUACCAAGCGACGGCAAUGUCAGCGGUCAGCACGGCUUGGGGAAUUGGCCUCAUCAUUGGCCCAGCUCUAGGAGGAUUUUUAGCACAGCCUGCAGACAAAUAUCCGAGUGUCUUCUCCAAAGAAUCCAUCUUUGGCAGGUUCCGUUAUGCCUUGCCUUGUUUUACGAUAUCAGCUUUCGCACUGGUCGUGACAGCACUGUGCUGUUUCAUUCCGGAAACACUGCACAAUCAUAAGCUGGACAACACUUCAGAUGAUGACUCAAUCGAAGUACUUGAAGCUGCAUCUCUUGAAUCUACCGGGAAGACAGGAAACAACAAAAAGGGGUCUCUGUUGAAGAACUGGCCCCUCAUGUCAUCUAUCCUAGUCUAUUGCGUUUUGUGUCUGCAUGACACAGCGUAUUCUGAGAUAUUUGCUUUGUGGGCAAAUAGUCCUAGUAAGUACGGAGGUUUGGGAUACUCAACGAAUCAUGUUGGUACUAUUUUAACAAUCUCAGGUCUCGGCCUAUUUGCUUUUCAGGUCAUCCUUUAUCCAUCAGCCGAGAGACUGCUAGGAGCCGUGCUGCUCACCCGUUUAGCUGGGGCACUGAUGAUACCUGUUCAGUUGAGCUACCCCUUUAUAGCUCAUCUCUCAGGUGUCAGUAGAAGCAUACUAUUGAGUUUUGCUUCUAUCCUAGUCAAUGUAUUCAGCGUCUCCGCCAUAACCGGCAUGGUGAUUCUGCAAAACCGAGCCGUGGAUCAGCACCAGAGAGGUGCUGCCAACGGACUUGCGAUGACUUCCAUGUCACUCUUCAAAACCGUUGGACCAGUUGGUGCUGGAAUACUUUUUUCUUGGAGUGAAAGGAGAAAAGAUGCUGCUUUCUUACCAGGACCCCACAUGCUCUUCUUCUUUCUUAACCUGAUGGUUAUUGUAGGAGUAUCUCUUACCUUCAAGCCCUUUCUGGUCACAACUAGAAGGUGAACUUCAGUGAAAGUGGUGCUAGGAAAUGUAUGGAUUCGUGGUUGCUUCCUUUUAGUUCUAGUUCGAAAUAAACCAAAGGAUUUCCAGUUUCUUUAUUUCCUUGUCUUGUCUGAUUGAAGUUAUCGGUUUGCUACUGUAAUCAGAUUUCCUUCGGUUACCGUUUUAAUAUAAACUAGACUUUGAUCCGCGUUAAUUUUUCAUUUUACAGCUUUUACUUCAACCCCUGUUCAGAAACGCGCUAGGCGUUAAUCGGGCGGUAGGGUUGGGCCUAGCACAUAAAGAGAAAAUCGGAGAUUAGUCGGAAAUUAUACGGGGCAAAAUUUUUAAAUGGUUUACUAUGUUAUAAAACAUGUUAAUCUUUAAUUGUGUAUAACAUUAAUACAUUUUCAUGUUUAAGAUUGUAUAAAACACACAAAUGGAAUAUAUAAACUUAAUAUAGUGUAAUUUUCAUCAAAAUUAU